AUGAUGGGGUUUGAGAACAACAUUGCUGAAUCAACUCGGCCUGGCAUUCUCAGCAAUACUCUCGGCUUAGACUUGAAGACUCAUGCCGAGUAUAUCGGACCUACCGACUAUCGUGAUCCAGUCCUACUCGGCUUACACCCUCCCAAUCUUUCGAGCCAGGAGCCUUCGCCUUUUCCCACAUCUUCCACUUUUGCCCGGCACUUGGACUAUCAGACUGUUUUCCUCGUCCAUCCCGAUGAGUCCACUGCGUCCGAGAAGAUGCGCAUCGCAGACCUCGAUGCUAUUGAAGCGACAGUUCAUCCACUUGGUCGCACGUUAGUCGACCUCUACUUCCGAAUAGUUCACCCCAGUUUUCCCAUCUUGCACAAAGAUGUCUUUAUAAGCAAGCAUCGACUAUCUCAUCGACACUUUGCGCCUUCUCUAUUGGCCGCUGUCUAUCUGAUAGCCCUUGACUGGCAGAUUUAUGAUAGUUCACUCGCUGGUCGUGAGGUCGAGUCAAUACCAGAUCCAACAGCUCUCGAGACACUGGCUGAGCGUACUAUUGCCCAGGACAUGCGAAGACCUAAACUCAGCACACUCGAAGCUGGUUUACUCUUGCUCCAACGGAACCGGCGUGUAGUUGACUCUAGAUCUCAUACCCACCCUACGUCUAAUCGGAUAUUCACAGCCCAAAUUGUUGCCAUGGCUCAGGAUUUGGGCAUCCAUAUCGACUGUAGUAACUGGGCAAUCCCGGCCUGGGAAGUAGGCCUUCGAAGGAGGCUGGCCUGGGCGUUAUACAUGCAAGAUCGCUGGGGCGCUUGCGUUCACGGACGACCAUUUCUUAUACACGAUAGCGAUUGGGACGUCCGACCAUGUACUGCGCCAGACUAUCCCGAGCUUGAUCAAUUCGAUCUUGAAACCAAUCCCGAGCAUAACUCACCAGUUGUGAUUGGAUGGGAACUGUUUACACGCCAUAUCGAGUUGACUCAGAUUUUGAGCGAUGUGAUUAACACAUUUUACGGAGCUAAGGCUACUCGUGCUGGUGGCACAUUGGACCAGAUGGGAGUUGUUGCUGCUGUUGAACUAGCAAAACCUUUGGUGUUUCGUCUUAGGGAAUGGCAUUCCAAUCUACCAGUCCGACUUCAAUUGCAGAGUACUCAGCUCAGAGAGCUAUGUGCCAAUGGGGCUCUUCAUCUGGCUCAUGCAGCCAUUGAGAUUGCUCUACAUCGAGCUCUAGUACGAAUCACGACACCAGACACACCUACGUCUUUAUAUGAACUUUUAAGAUCAACCGCUCGAGUCAAACUACAAUCAGCCAUUGAGUUGCUAGGAUCUCUACGUCCCGAGCAUACUGCUGCUUUCUGGGGUAGUGCUGCAGCGUACCAAGCAGCACAGAUUGGCUCAUUGGCGGGAUUACUAUGGGCUACCACGGACUCAUUCGAGGAGAUGUCAUGGUGUGCUUCUCGAGUCGAGGAACUCAGAUGGGCAUUGAGAGUUCGUGGUGCGGCGACUCCAUUCGCUAGAGAGGCUUUGCGGCUUUUGGAGCGUGACAUUGGUGGUCUCGGUAUGGUCAAGUCGACAACAGAAGGUACUACAUGA